AUGUUUGAGCAUCUGAUAUCCCGGGGCGCCGACGUGGCCCAAUGCGAUGCGCUACAUUAUGCUGCUAGACAUGACAGUCAAGACCUUGAUACAGUGACAUCAAUCAUGCGGCAUUUCAUCACCAAGUACAAUCUCGAUGUGGACACGCGCGAUAGAUCUGGUGGACUUCCUCUAAGGGAAAGGAUUGAUCGUCCGACCAUGUAUCGUACUGGACAACCCGUGAGAUGGGCCGCCUACUACAACAACCCGAUCUCACUCCAAGCUCUCAUCAACUUGGGCGCCGACCCAACUCCAGCCUUGUACCACGCCGUGUACAGCGACCGACUAGAAUGUCUAGGGGUCCUUCUAGAUGCGGGCGUCGAGCCAUCAGAAGCUCUCGCUCUCGCGGUUUCCAGAGAUCAACCCGAGGCGGCCAUCUUGGCGCUCGAGUACGGCGCCACCGCAGACAAUGCUUUGAUGCGACGUGCCCAGUUGCGUGGAACUGGAAGCUUCAAUCCAGGAUUCAUUCCAGCAGUCAGUGAUAGAAUGUUGGAGAUUUUGAACGCCUCGCAACAUUAUAAAGAUGUGUGGUCGUCAAAGACACGGAUCCGAAGAACGGCGUGA